AUGUCAUCACCCAUGCGGCGAUCGCGGCGGGAACGCCGGACGAAUCCGCGCUACGUCGGAGCAGAUUGGGACAGAGACACAUUAAGAAGAAUCCGUGCCGCAUCUACUUCCUCAGGGUCCUCGCCGUCUGAUCGCGAUAUCAUCUACGACCAGUCCGAGGACGAGGAUUUCCGGCAAACUACGACCUUCGCCGAAGAACCUUCUUCUGGUAGCGAUGACGUCUCUCUUACUUCGGAAGGCUCGAGCCCCGUCUCCGAUAAUGUCGGCCGCAACGACUCCUGGUCGCGCAUAUCUAAUGGUGGUAUGAAGCCAAAAGUGACUGCCCAAGGGCUUCCAGUGGCAUCAGCAUCAGGUCUUUCUCGUGGUCUGAAGGACCCACCAAAGAACGGCUCGCCAGCGAUACUAUACCCAACAUUGUAUGGGUCAGGUGAGGAGGAUCUUUCGCCUAUCUUACAUGCGAGGGAGGUGUGGCUCAGAGCUCGCGAUGUCACGCUUCCUAGUCAGUCCACCCUUCGAAGUCCCGAGUCCUCGUUCACCUUUCUGCAACAACAAGCGGAGGGGCAGGUAGAAGCUUCUCUCUCACAUCCGAAAGGCGGCCCGCGGGAGACACAUCCUUGGCGCAAGAGCGAAAAGCAGCGCCCGACAAUUGGAGUCAGCGAUUUCGACCUGAAGAGUAUACUCCUGAAGCAGAAGUUGAAAGUUAUAGACGAAUCCAUCGCCCUAGCGCAGCAGUACUUGCCAACUGGUCUAACACACUCCCUUGUCCGUGGCCACAACGAAACGCUACAUUUGUCCAAUGUUGGCAUUCGCAGUUGCUGCUCCCUCGGUGGCGAUGUUACACCACAACACACCUCGUCGGCGUCUACACCGUCACAAAAUCAAGUCGAAGGAUGGAUGAUCAAUGUUGGCGAGAAAGUCAAAGCUUUAGCGUGGGCUCCAGUCCUCGGACCGAAACAAUAUCUUGCAGUUGCGACAGGCUGUACGCCGGCUCAACGUGCAGCGCACAGCACACCUCGCCGCCUCUUUGGCCCAGCAUUUACCCCUUCGUCCAACUAUCCCUCGGCUGUGCAGCUGUGGAGCUUUGGCUCAACUAUCGUGCCGACUCAAGCAACGUUACAAGAGUAUUUUUCCCUUGAUGCAAGAGAGGAACCCCGGCUGGAGCAAGUAAUCGGCAUCCGUGGUGGCGACAUCCGCUGUCUAGAGUGGGCUCCAACCUCACCGCUCAACACUGACCAGGAGGCCCCGCGGAUGCUGGCUAUCUUAACAACUGAUUCUCAUGUUCGAAUCCUCGCGUUGGAUUUUCACUACGAAGGACCUGGCACAAGUUUCUUGGAGCUCGAAACGAGUCCCAUCGAUAUAUCACCGCCUGCGCAGUCCACUUCCCCAAUCAUCAUGACUAGGGACGAUUCUGUCUUCUCAACAAUCUCCUGGGCCUCCAGCAAAGACCUAUUGGUCGGCUGUUCCAAUGGCAUGCUCUAUGCGUAUGAUGUCCUUGAGUGUGCCAAAUCCCCAAACCCACCCCAGCCUUUCUUCGACCAUAUGCUUCAUAACACUUACAUCAUGGCCCUCGCUCCAGCUUAUCCCCUUCUUCCAGCGACUGGCAACUUUGUCGCAUCCUCGUCCGCUGGCGGUGACACCACGCUGACAGACCUCCGCCACCCUGUUUCCGACACCGUCACCUUCCCUCGCGCUCGUCUUCCUAGUAAACCUCUCACCUACUCGCCCUUCACGCGCAGCUUCUUCACGGCAUACGAGCCCAGUGCACGCGGCUCCGCUGAAGGCUCAUUCUCAACCACAGUCGUCUGCCACCACUUGCGCCGUUUCUACAAGAUUUUUCACAUUGCACGCCUUCCAUCGCAAAGCGGCGCCGCUACCUCACUCGCCAGCUCGAUCCAUCACCCAUCCCUGUUGAUCGGCAACGCCUGCGGCGACGUUUUCGCCACCAACUACCUGCGCCGUGUGCUCGUCAACAGGCCGGCUUCGCGCACCCGUAGCGCGUGGCUGCAGCAAUUGUGUCGCUAUGAUUGGCGGCCGGCGGAUGAGGCUAAUCCCAACGUCACUGGUACGAACGACCCUAACAAUACGGAUGUCUUUCACGGCCCGCCGACGAGGCCCGGCAUCUCGCGUCUGACCUUUGGCUUUCGGCCAGAACACAUUGACCUCUCCCUUGGACGAGGUGCAGAAUCGAAGGCCCGCGGCAGCAAGAGGUCACGGAAGCGCAAGGAUCAGGUAGAGCAGGCCGAUCUGGAUAUCGGAGGUGAUGUGCCUGAGGGACGAGGGAAGGAGAAGGUUGCCGCAAAGGGCAAGGACGACAAACAUGAGGAUCCCGCAGCGGCGGAAGUGAUCUUCGAGGAGGAGCAGGCGGUCACAGCGAUGGAUUGGAACGUGAAUCGGGCGGCCGCAGGUUGGGCGGCGAUAGGGUGGGGAAGUGGCCUUGUGAUGAUCAAAGACCUGAGUAUCGAAUUGUGA